AUGCUACUAGCGUCUAUUCUUUUCGCCUGCGGUAGUACUUACGGAAUACUAGUACUAGCGAGAGCCCUGCACGGUAGCGCUUCGGCAGCCGUAGCUGUAAGCGGAAUGUGUUUGCUGGCCAAAAAACUACCGUCACAUCUAAGAGUCAGAUUGAUGCCCAUCUCAUUCGGUGGUAUCGCCUUAGGAGUUCUUAUUGGUUACCCGUUAGGCGGAGCUGCUUACCAAAUGAUAGGAAAAUCAGCACCGUUCAUUCUAAUUUCAAUCUGCAUUGCCCUUACUAUGAUAUUGCAGAUUAUUUAUCUAAAAGAAGAGCAGUUAGACACAAAUCUACAGACAACGAGGAAAAACUACAAGGAGUGUUUGGAACUGCUUAGAGACAAACCAACUCUUAUAGCAGCGUCUGCUAUAUGCGUUUCUACAUCAACUAUGGCGAUUUUGGAACCAUGCGUUCCGAUGUGGUUGUUGGCCAGAUUUGAUCCUCCGCCGUCCAGAUGGCAGUUAGGAGCGGUUUUUAUUCCAGACAGCGUUGGGUACUUUAUCGGAUCGCAUUUUGCAGGAUUGUUGCCCAUGUUUUCUUGGAGGACGGCCAUCAUAGCGAUGGUAAUUACUGGACUUAGUUGUUACGCUCUUCCUUUAGCUAAUACAAUGUCCGAACUAGCGUUACCCCACUUCGGGAUUGGGUUAGGAGUGGGGGCAGUAGAUGCGGCUCUGAUACCCCUUUUAGCAUCCUUCGCAGACAACAAGGGAACAAACGAGUAUGGACCAGUUUACGCUCUUCAGCAAGUGGCAGUGUCCAUUUCGUAUUCGUUUGGACCUUUACUUGGCGGACAAGCGGUCCAAAUAUUGGGAUUUUCAUGGUUAAUCAGAAUAGUGGGAUUCUUGAAUUUGUUGUUGUGUCCAUUGCUACUCGAAUUGGAAGAAAAUAAGGAAGGAAUACCUUUGAUGAGUUCACCAGUGUCAGUUUAUUCUCAAUUGGAAGAGUAA